GUACUGCCGUUCCAACGUCUUGUUCGUGAAAUUGCUCAAGACUUUAAGACUGACCUUCGUUUCCAAAGCUCUGCUGUUAUGGCAUUGCAGGAGGCUAGCGAAGCAUAUCUUGUUGGUCUAUUUGAAGAUACUAAUCUCUGCGCUAUUCAUGCCAAGCGAGUCACUAUCAUGCCUAAGGAUAUUCAACUGGCACGUCGUAUUCGUGGAGAACGAGCUUAAUUUAUAAAGAAA